AUGUCUCUCCAGGACAUGCGCGCACGCCUGCGCGACGUGCCGCACGACCUCGGCGACUUCCUGCACACCCUCCCCGACGACCACCCGCUCCAGAUCGCCCUCCGGACGUACACCCUCGCGCUCUCCCUCGCGCUGGGCCCGGCGCUGCUCCCGUUCCUGACGUCGCCCCGGGCGCGUGCGCAGGGCUUCGGACGCGUCGUGCAGAUCCUGCGGCGCGAGCUCGGGCUUAAUGCGUUUGCGUCGGCGAUCACGGUCGGCGUGGCUGGGGGCGCCGCCAUUCGCUAUGCAUGGGACAAGUGGGAGGCGGAAACGCCAGCGGAGGGUGAGCCGAGAGAUGCGCUUGGGAAGGUGAAGGCGUGGCUUGCGUCGUUGAAGGACUCGCACAAGACUUUCCUCUCCAAUGUGAUCUCGUCCACCUUCGCCAUUGCGCUCUUGCAUGUGCGGAGGAGGCAUGCGAAGUCGGCGUCGGUCGGGAGGCCGUCUCCGACCCUGGACUUGUCCUUCCUGUUCUUGGUACGUGCCAUGGACAGCUUGACUCAGUUCGCCCUCUUCAAGCCAUCGGAGGCGAGCGAGAAAUACCUCCCCGAACCCGUGAAGCAGCAGAGAAGAGCGAUCAGAAACAAGUGGACUACACGACUAGAUGCCCUGGUCUUCUGGGCUUGCAGCUCAAGAAUCGUGUGGUGUUUCUUCUACGAGCCCGAGAGGUUGCCACGCUCCUACAACAAAUGGAUCAUGACGUUGGCCAAUAUCGACCCACGUCUCCUCGGCGCGCUGCGCGCAAUCCGCGCAGGCCAGUUUUCAUACACGAAGGGUGUCCAAAACCCGCCGGAUCUCGUCACCUCCCUUGCGCGAGACCUUGGGUACCCGCCAGCCUGGGGAGACUUCUCUUUGCUCCCUGCACGCGGCGGCCCUCAGGCAAACGAGACAUGGAAGGCUCUGGGGGUCACCAGCCGGAACGGAGUGGGCGGACUUCCCUGCGAGCUCGUCCACGGCGCCGUCACGAAGGGUGGCUGCACGAAGAACGCUGCCAUCAGGGGUGCGCAGGCCUUCGCAGAGGCCGUUGCCAUCUACCUCCCGGUGCACACCCUCCCCAUCCUCGUUACGCGUCCGCGCAAGCUGCUGGAGCUGCCACGGCUCAUCGCGACGCUGCUCUCCGUAGCCCGCAGCGCGUCCUUCCUAUCCGCCUUCGUGACGUCCAUCUGGUUCGCCGUCUGUUGCACGCGCACGCUCGUCCUCGCGCGGCUCUUCCCUGGGGUCCCGCACGACUUCUGGGACGGGCCGCUCGGGUGCACGUUCGUCGGCAGCCUCGUGUGCGGCGCGAGCAUCUGGAUCGAGCGCGGGCGGCGGCGCGGCGAGAUGGCGCUGUACGUGCUCCCGCGGGCCAUCCGCGCGUGUCUGCCUUCGGAGUGGAUCAAAAGCGGCCGCGCGAGCGUGCGAUGGACCGAGAGACUCGUGUUCAUCCUGUCGCUGUCCACGCUCCUCACCGCGGCCAUUCACCGCCCGGAUACGCUCCGCGGGCUCUCGCGCUGGACGUUGAGCUUCGUUAUGAACGGCCCGAACGCGGGGUUCUGGAAGCGGAAACGACUCGAUACCAACGCCCCGCCUACCCCGAGAGCUCCGAGUCCCCCGAAAGAUAUUGGUGACGCCGCAGAGAACACUGAUUUAGCAUAAUUUUUAGUAUACCCCUUCUUGAUCUUCUGGUAGAUAUUCAGCGCCUAUGCUCUCCAUAGAUGCAAC